AUGAGGAACUCAGAGUCAUAUCCACCAGAGUCUCGACCUCUAAUGAGCGAACUACAGAACGAAAAAUCCAUUGCACCAGGUUCAGACCGGAGCAAGGAUAUCGAUAUCCCUGUUCUCAAUCUGGAGAGUUUGGACGUGGAGAAACUGAGAGAAGCAUGCAAAGACUGGGGGAUAUUCCAUUUGGAGAACACUGGCAUACCGUUAACGUUGAUGUCACAGGUGAAAGAGAUGAUGGAGUCGGUGUUGAGUCUUCUUAAUGAGAAACGGACGUUGUUCGGCGUUAACUCUCCGUUAUCAUAUUACUGAGGAUCCAAGGCUGUAACGAGGGCACGACAAGAAUGUAGUGGUCACUUGUUCGAAGGCAUCAACGUUCGUCUUGCUUCUCUGUCUCGUAUUCUUCCACUUUCUUGUUCUGAUCCCAAGUUCGAGUCAUUAAGGUACUGAAAUUUUUUCUUUGACUUCAUCGGUGGUUUAAGUUGGUUUAAAGAAGUAAUCAAAUUUAUAUAUACUAGAUUCUUUGCAUAGAUAACAUUAAAUUUAAAAUCUUGAUUAAUUCAAUCUACAUUUCGCCAAUCAAUGAUGACCGGCGACUAGAUUUAUGAAGACACAGUAACUCUGACUGAUAACACCGAGGUAAAAGUCGAGGCUCAUACCGGCAGUUCGGUGAUAUUGAUGAUAAACCAAGGCGACGUUGGUGGGCUAGAAUUCAUGAAAGAUGGGGAAUGGUUUAAUGUCACGCCUCAUGCCAAUUCUUUUGUCAUUGGACUCGGAGAUAUGAUGCAGGUAGUAAGUGAUGAUGAGUACAUGAGUGUGUUGCAUAAAGUGGGAAAGAGGCUGAAAAAGAAAGAGAGAUACUCGAUUGUCUACUUUGUGUUCCCCGAGAAAGACUGUGUGUUUAAAUCGAGUCUAUAGGUCAUUUACAUUCGCAGAUUUUGAAUUUAGGUUAAGCUUGAUGUUGAGACCCAUGGAAGAAAAAUAGGCCUUUCUAGGUUCCUCAGCAACCGCUGUGUUUGA